GCAGACACGGCGAGGUGCGCCUUGCGCCGUCUCGGUGUUGCGAGUGUCGCUCGAGUCCGUCGUCGUCGUUGUCGCCUCCGCGUAGGCUGAGCGUUGUCCUCGCCUAGGAUGCCGUUCAUAUCCAAGGACUGGCGUAGUCCGGGCGAGGAAUGGGUGAAGACAGUCGAGGGCUGGGAGAAGAAGAAGAUCCUCGAGUGUGCCAACAACAAAACCCUCUCGCUUCUCCUACGCGGCGAAAAAGAUGCUGGCGAUAAGAAGGAGAAAGACAAGAAAAAAGAAAACGCCGUCCAACCACAUUGUCACAUCACGCUGAAGUGUACACGCGAGAUCGCCGGCUUCAAUGGUCUAAGCGAUGCUCUGAAGAGGCUGGAUUUCCUGUCCGCGGUACACGACUGCCGUCGAUUUAAUUACAUAGUCCGUCUGCUGGAUCUCCUGGUCAGUCACAGAAUGGGUGGUCUUAGUGGAUGCGCUCAAAGAGUGCUCUUCAAUAUGCUUGAAGAAGUCGCUCUGGAAGUAUCAUUGUCGCAACAACAGACGGGAAGGCUGCGGCGUUUAAUAGAGAGAGUUCGAGCCUUCAGUGCUGGAUGUUGUUGGGGUGGUAGACCCUUGGGCUCCGUUAUCCUUUGGGAGAAACAUAAAGCAGCUCUGGAGAGAAUCUUACAGAUCGCUUCGUCCAUUACCAUCACCCAGCCGGACGAGGAACAGCAACCUCAGUGGUCGGACCUGCCGCCCGAGUGCCGUCGAGAGGUCCUCCUACGCUUGAGCGAUCCUCGAGACAUCGAAGCCUCAUCUGAGGCAUGUGAACACCUUGCCAUUUUAGCGCAGGAACAGCGAAUCUGGCGCGAGCUUGCCCAGUAUCAUUUCACACCGCAGCAAAUUACCACCACCAGACAAAAUAAUCCUGGAAAAGACUGGAAAACCAUAUUCACUAUCGCUCGGAGGUCGUUUGGAUUACGGGAGGAAUACGCCGAAAUGAUACAGUUAUGCCGCAAUUGCCGUUGCUUAUUCUGGCGGUCGUUGGGCCAUCCUUGCAUCGCGGAUCAGGAUCCAGCAUUUCAGGAGAAACUAGCGGAUGUCGACCAAGCGUCUCUUCACGUGCCGAUCCCUCCGCAAACCUUCCUGAAAUUUUUCUCGCUGUGAAAGCUUUUGCGACACAACUACAAAUGUAAGAGCACGUAAGAAUGCGUGGUGUAUGUACCGAAAAACGGAAGAGCGGCGUAACUGCCGCUGUGAACGAUUGUCGCUCGACAGAAUAAAUGUGUAUGGAAGAAAUAGAAUGACAUUUAAAAAUGUUGCGCUGCGCUUAGAGAGACUCUAAAACGUUAUCUUCUUGAAAAGUAUAUUUAACUCGAGAUAUAUUCUCUAUCUUCUGUCUCUCAAUAUACCGUAUGAACCUGAAAGAUAAAUAUCGAUAUUAGGAAUAUGUCCUUUGAGAAAAUUCGACGCCGACCUCAAUGAAUAUCUGGAGGCCUACUUAUCUAAUGAACGAGCUUGAACACAUUAAAGAGGCUCAAAAGCCGCCCAGGAGAGCCAGGAGAACACAAAGACACGUGUGCCUGCACAAACGCCCAUCCGAUACGCGGAUCAAUAUCUUCUGAAGUUUUAACUUUAAUUGCUCCGCAAUCAACAAUUCGCUCAAAUUUCGUUGAGGAAAAGUCGAUUCCGAAUUCUCUCUUUCUCUCUCUCUCUCUCUCUCUCUCUCUGGUCGUUAAGUAAUAUUUCCUACUGAUUUCCACUUUAUCAGGCUCAUUCUGUAUUUUGAUCGAGAGCGAUAGGUAUUUUCUGGUCAAUGGAAUCUCCUGUGUAAGUAACGAGAUUCUUGAUCUAGGUUCUUUUGCUUUGAGAUUCUUGGGGCGUGGAUACAUUUUAAUAAUAAAGGAGGAUAUUUCCAUUAUCCUUCGAGUUACGGUUGUAGAGAGUAGAUACUAGUCAUAUAACGAUGUUGUUUAAUGAUGAAGAAAAAAAUUGACGUCGCGCGCCCAUUCAGAAGGAUUGCGUAAGGAUAAUUAUCGAUUUACACCGGCAUACUUUUGCGGUAUUCGACAAAUGACUACGUGAUUUUGAGGUAACACCCUCCGAGGUGAGUCUUCGCUGAUAAUAAUAUCAGUCUUUAAACGUUUGUUAAUGAGAAAUGUCAAAGUAGGUUUGGCCUUCUGCAACAAAAACUACUUUUUUUGUUAUCUGGAACGAACUCGAUGCUACUUUAAAAAAAAAAAGGGAAAAAAUUAAAUUUUUUCGCGACUGUGUUAUCGUGCGAGAGCGCUCUAAAACAAUUAUUUUAUGUAUAUGAUAUCAACGAAGACAAUCGAUCUAUUCUUGAGAAAUACCUUUUUCUUCCGUAAUUACUGAA